GUUCGGUUGAAAUUCAUCAGGUUCAAAUCCGUGCUUCACUUUAUUCUUACUUCUGUAAACCGUACAGAUGUGUACAGUUGUGCUCUCGGCAUGGAAAAGCUAUCUGGACGGGUUAGAUAACGUGUUCUGAAUCCUGAAGUAUUUUCCGAACUUCACUUCCGGGUUGAACAUCCAGGCUGGACUGCGUCGCUGAAGUGUGGAGGAGAAGAGAAGAGAAGAGAAGGAGAAGGGGCUGAAAUGAACUCCGUCCUGCUUGAAUAUGUCCUGUUUGUCUCUGUGCUGCUGCUGUUUAAACGCUUAUUAGCUGAAAGAAGGAUUUUCCAGGCUGGGAGUGCAUAAACGGACACUACACAUGACACUUUUCCACACUGGAAGUUGAAGGAAAAAAGAUUUCAGUCAGAGCUGAGAGAAAAAAAAACAGGAACAUUCCUGCAGUGGACACAACAAAGUUGCCAUGGAGUCAUUUGGCAGGCAGGAGUUCUUGUGGUUUCUUGCUGAGGGUUGCGUUGUUCCGACUGCUUGGCAAGGCCUGGAACAGGUGUGGCAGCUGCUGCUUGUCUGCUGUCUCUGCCGCAUCAUCUGCAGACUCGGUUUCUCAGUUUAUGUGAAGCAUCUGAGUUCAUUGGCAGGGGGCCUUUAUGUGCUCUAUGUGUUCUUUGAGCUCAACAUGAUCUGGGUGAUCGCCCUCGGCCUCGUCUGCUACCUCAUCCUCUUCCUUUCCCGAAGGUCCUGCAACAGAGGAGUUUUUCUUUCCUUGGCUAUCCUCAUCUACAUGCUCAUGGGUGAGCUGCACAUGAUAGAUGCGGAAACUUGGCAUAAAAUGAGAGGCUCUCAGAUGGUGGUGGCCAUGAAGGCCAUUUCUUUGGCUUUUGACCUUGACAGAGGAGCAGUGUCCUCCUUUCCUACACUGCUGGACUUCCUCGGAUACAUAUGUUUUGUGGGAACGGUCAUCUUUGGCCCAUGGAUUAGCUUCAACAGCUACAGAGAUGCUGUGGAUGGCCGUAAAAUGAAUGCUGCCUGGUUUGCAAAAAUCGCUCUAAGCUUCAUAAAGAGUCAGGUUUGCCUCAUCCUCUCCACCUGCAUCGCUCCGUAUCUCUUCCCUUACUUCAUUCCCAUAUAUGCAGAUGGACUACCUCAUAGAUGGCUUCAUGCCUAUGAGAACGCUGUGUCCUUCCACUUCAGUAACUACUUUGUUAGCUAUCUGAGCGAAACGACGCUGGUUAUGGCUGGGGCUGGAUUUUCUGAGCAUAAAGACAACCUCAAAUGGGAUAUUACAGUGGCAAAGCCUCUCAAUGUUGAAUUGCCGAGAUCCAUGGUGGAAGUGGUGACGUCCUGGAACCUGCCUAUGUCUCGUUGGCUGAACAAAUACGUCUUCAAGAGCGCACAGAAACUUGGUACUUUUCCUGCUAUUUUGGUGACGUAUACUGCUAGUGCUCUGCUACAUGGCCUCAGCUUCCAUCUGGGAGCUGUGCUCCUGUCUCUGGGAUUUAUCACUUACGUGGAGCAUGUUCUUCGAAAGAAACUAGCAGCCAUUUUCAGUGCCUGCAUACUGUCGAAGCGCUGUCUCAGUGACUGCCAGCAUCAGAACAAAACGAACGUCUGGGUGUAUGGGAUUAAUCUGUUCUUCAGCGCAUUGUCCAUAUUUCACCUGACAUACCUGGGCUCGCGCUUUGAUUUGGAUGCUGAGGAUGAAAAGGGAUACUUGGCAAGUUACACUAUUCAGAAAUGGUCAGAACUAAACUGGGCCAGUCACUGGGUGAUGCUCGGCUGCUGGGUUUUCUAUUGGCUCAUUUAAGGCAAUGUAUGAAAACGUGGACCUUGUUAUUACAAAUGUCUUGGUGACCUGAAAAUCCAUCCAUCCGUUAUCCGUAACCGCUUAUCCUGUGCAGGGAAGUGGGCAAGCUGGAGCCUAUCCCAGCUGACUAUGGGCGAGAGGCGGGGUACACCCUGGACAAGUCGCCAGGUCAUCACAGGGCUGACACAUAGACACAGACAACCAUUCACACUCACAUUCACACCUACGGGCAAUUUAGAGUCACCAGUUAACCUAACCUGCAUGUCUUUGGACUGUGGGGGAAACCGGAGCACCCGGAGGAAACCCACGCGGACACGGGGAGAACAUGCAAACUCCGCACAGAAAGGUCCCCAUCAGCCACUGGGCUCGAACCCAGAUCUUCUUGCUGUGAGGCGACAGUGCUAACCACUACACCACCGUGCCGCCCUGACCUGAAAAUUUUCUUUGGUUUAUUUUUUUUUUCACUCCUCUCAAGUUCCAGAGACGCCGUGGAAUUUACUAUUUUUUUCAUCUUUUAUUCUGAUGCUGUUAAAUGUUCAAAGUCCUGUAUAUUUUAGACUUGAUACAUAAUUAAAAUGUACGGAAACGUAUUGCUGCCGCACCAGAAAAAAAAUCAGUAUCACAUACAAAUGUGAAAAGUUUCUUUUAACAAUAGAUUUUCAAGGUAUUAUGUGAUAAUUGGUUUCAUGUUAUAACGUGACAAUUUAUAUUGGUAAUACAUACAACUUUUCACGUUA